AUGGUGCCGCCAAAUUCCCGUCUCGAGCACGCGGUGAUACCCAAUGCUCUCAGAUCAUACCUCAUCGAAUUCAUCUCCACCUUCCUCUUCGUCUUUGCCGCAGUUAGCUCUGCCAUGUCUUCUAGGAGGAUAAUGACAGAUGCUGCAACGGAUCUAUCUGCGCAUGUAGCGAUUGAGGUAGCAAAUGUGUUUGCAUUGUCGGUGGCGGUUUAUGCAAUGGCUAAUAUCUGCAGCGGCCAUAUGAACCCGGUGGCCACAUUCAGGAUGGCAGUUAGCAGUCAUAUUAGUGUUCCAAUAGUUAUUUUAUACAGGAUUUCACAGUUGGUUGGGUCUGCAAUGGCUUGUCUUUUCUUAAAAGUUAUUAUCGUCGCACAGCAUCUACCUCUCUAUAGAAUCCCACAAGAAAUGACUGGGUUCGUAGCAUUCAUUUUGGAAGGGGUUAUGACAUUUGGUUUGGUCUACACGGUCUAUGUAGCCAGGAACCUAAGACAUGGUCCAUUUGGAGCAAUUGGACCCUUAGGAAUCGGGUUCAUUGUAGGAGCCAAUGUAUUAGCAUCUGGGCCAUUUACGAAUGGGUCAAUGAACUUGACGUACUCGUUCGGGUGCUCUCUUGUUGGAGCGAGUUUCAAGAACCAUGUAGUCUAUUGGGUCGGACCUGUGAUCGGUGCUGCUCUUGCUGGUAUCCUAUAUAAUAAUCUGGUCUUUCCGGUCCAAGUAUUCGGCAUAACAGAUGGACUUGGGGUUUAA